AUGUCAAACCAAACAACACCGAGCCUUCCUCUAUCACUCGAAAUGAAACCAGUCGAGUUUGUUAUACCUUCAAAACAAACUCCUUGUGAAAUUCUCUCCCUCUCAACUUUAGACAGCGAUUUUCUCAAUGAAGAUAUGUACGCAACGAUUUACGUUUACAAAGCCAAUGAACAUAAUCAAAAUGAUCCAGUCGCUCUACUUAGGAAAGCUUUGUCCGAGCUUCUUGUGUACUAUUAUCCACUUUCAGGCAAGAUAAUGAGAGGAGAGAAUGGUCGAAAACUUCAGCUAGUUUGUCGCGGGGAGGGAGUCCCAUUUUCGGUCGCUACCACAUCUCUCGACCUCCUUUCUCUAGACUACUUGGAAAAACUUGAUGACGAAGCAGCUUUGCGUCUAGUGCCUGAAAUCGAAAUUGACUAUGAUACCGAUUUUUGUUAUCAUCCUCUAGCUUUGCAAGUGACCAAGUUUGCUUGCGGAGGAUUUACCAUUGGCACUGCAUUGACGCACGUUGUGUGUGACGGAUACGGUGUGGCUCAGGUCAUCCAUGCCUUAACAGAGUUAGCUGGCGGGAAGAGCGAGCCAUCGGUGAUGCCAGUGUGGCAGAGAGAGCGGCUUGUCGGAAAAAUUGAUAAUGAACCGGCAAAAGUUCCCGGAGGCCACAUUGCUAAUCUUUUGGCUACCUCACCAUACAUGCCUACUACUGAUAUGGUCACGGAGAUAAUAAACAUUCGGGCUGGGAAUAUAAAGAGGCUUAAAGAUUCUUUGAUGAUAGGAUGCGAGUUCCCUAAAGAGAGUGUCACUACUUUUGAAUUACUUAGUUCUUGCAUAUGGAAAGCAAGAUCUCGAGCCCUAAAGCUAAACCCUGACGGGAUCACUGUCCUUGCCUUAGCUGUUGGAAUCCGACAUGUUUUAGAUCCACCACUUCCUGAAGGUUUCUACGGUAACGCAUACAUAGAUGUCUACGUCGAGUUAACCGUGAGAGAACUCGAAGAAGCAUCGAUCUAUGACAUUGCGAAGCACGUGAAAGAAGCCAAGAAAACAGCAUAUGACAAGCGGUAUGUUGAGGAGGAGCUGAGCAACGGAGAGAGAUUGAUGAGAGAUGGUGCCAAAUUCGAAGGGGUAAGCGAUGGAGUGUUUUUCUUGACGGACUGGAGGAAUAUUGGUUGGUUCGGUUCGAUGGAUUUUGGUUGGAAUGAGCCUGUGAAUCUUCGGCCGUUGACUCAGCGGGAUAGCGCAGUGCAUAUAGGCAUGAUUUUGAGACCUUCAAAAUUGGAUCCAUCAAUGGAAGGUGGAGUUAAAGUGAUCAUGACGUUGCCGAGAGAUGCAAUGGUUGAAUUCAAGCAAGAUAUGAAUGCUAUGAAACAAAAUUAUAUUGGUGAUACUAAUUAA